UGUUAUUGUCUGUUGCUGUUUAUAGUGUGUUAAUUUUUAACCUUUCGUUUAAUCUUAGAUUGUAUUGAAUGAUAUUUUAAUAAUCAACGCGUGAAAUGCGAAAAUUCAAAUCACUAGUGAAAUAUUGUAGGGCCAUGAUUUGAAAGGCCUUUGGUCAUUACAAAUAAUACAAAAUCAGUUUGUUUACAUAUGCUUCUACAAUGAAUACCUUUUCAGAAUGUUACCAAAUAUUUAUAAUUCUAAUAUUCUCUUUGAUUCUGCGGAUUAGUUAUGGUUACAUGUGGCAAGGACAAGAUAUUCUUCUUUAUUCGGCUGAUAAAGAAAUCAAUAUUUUGAAUACUUCUCGAGUUGGAGGAGCUAGAAUGAGAACAACUAAUGUUGUACGAAAUUUGACACAGGCAGCAGCUGUUGCUUAUAAUUAUGAAAAGCAGAAAAUAUGUUGGAGCGACCAUUCACUUGAAAACAUACAGUGUACGACAUAUCAAGGCUCAGAUUCAUAUAAUAAGGUCAAUUCAAACAACUCCAAUACAGUUAUAACUGGAGUUUUAUCAGUUGAUGGAUUAUCCUGUGACUGGAUAACAAAUAAAUUAUAUUGGACAGACAGUGAAGCAAAUCGUAUAGAAGUAGCUACAAUGGACGGAGAAUUCAGAAAAGUGUUAUUUUGGACAGACUUGGAUCAACCAAGAACAAUUGCUCUGAUUCCGCAAAAAGGUAUAAUGGUUUGGACUGACUGGGGAGAAACACCUAAAAUAGAAAAAGCUGGCAUGAAUGGAGAUCCUAAUACAAGAAAAAAAAUAAUCACCAAAGAUAUAUUUUGGCCUAAUGGAUUGACAAUAGAUUAUAAGGCUGAAAAGAUCUAUUGGAUAGAUGCAAAACUAUCUUUUAUCGAUGUAAUGGACUAUGAUGGAAAGAAUAGGCAGAGGAUAUUGAAAGCAAAAUUUGAAUAUCCACAUUCUUUGACAUAUUUCCAGAACAGGUUUUAUUACACGGACUGGAAAACAUGGUCUAUUCAUGGUUAUGAUAAAAACUUUCGCCAUUCUACUGUUAAAGAAAUAGAGCAUUUUCAUAAUAUUGUGCCAGUGGAUGUGCAUGUUUGGAAUCCGGAGACCCAAGAAAAGUGUCAUAAUCCAUGUGAAAAAAAUAAUGGAGGUUGUUCACAUCUUUGUCUUUUGGCCCCUUAUCCCCCAGGUUACACUUGCGCUUGUCCUAUUGGUAUCAAGAAUAUUAAUAACCAGACAUGUGCCGAUGGGCCUGAAAGUAUAUUACUUUUGGCCAGGAGAGCUGAUAUUUGUGUUGUUUAUUUGGAUUCCCCGGAGUAUACUUAUAAGACUGUACCUCUAACGAACUCAAGAUUUGCGGUGGGAAUUGAUUAUGACGUGAAAGAAGGUUUCAUAUAUUGGACCGAUGACUCAAUGAAAAAAAUUGAAAGAGCGAGAUUAGACGGCAGCGAUCAGCAGGAUGUUGUGAACGCUGAAGUUGUCUCACCAGACGGCAUAGCUAUAGACUGGAUUUCGAGAAAUAUCUACUGGAUUGACACAGGAGCAGAUAGAAUUGAAGUUACAACUAUAGAGAAAGGCUACCGCAAGGUUCUAAUCAGUGACGACUUGGAAAAACCAAGAGCCAUAGCGGUGGCUCCAGAAAUAGGCUGGUUGUUCUGGUCGGAUUGGAGCGACAGAAAACCGAAAAUAGAGAGGGCGAAUUUGGAUGGUACAGAAAGAAUAAUGAUAGUGUCCAAAGAUCUGGUUUGGCCGAACGGGGUAACUCUCGAUAUAGAGGCGAAAAAAAUUUAUUGGUGUGACGCAAAAGAAGACAAGAUUGAAUUUGCGAACAUGGAUGGGACAGAGAGAAGGGUACUGAUAAAUACUGACGUACCUCAUGUAUUUGGACUGAGUUUAUUAGGCGAUUAUCUCUAUUGGACUGAUUGGGAACGGAGAGCCAUCGAUCGAGCACAUAAAGAUUUGGGAAAUCGAGAAAUCAUUGUUGACCAGCUGCCGAACGUGAUGGGAUUGAAAGUGGUUAAUUUAAAAACGAAAAUAGGAUUUAAUUUCUGCAAGAUCAAUAAUGGCAAUUGCUCUCAGAUAUGCCUUCCCAAAAAGGGAGGUAGGGUGUGCGCCUGUCAAAUCGACUACGAACUAGAUGCCGGAGGAACGAAUUGUGUUAAGCCUAAGACGUUCCUUUUGUACACACUCGGCAAUAAAAUCGGAAGGGUUGGCAUUGAGCACCGUGGAAAUGAGAUGAGUUUACCGAUAAGUGGAAAGAAGCAUGCUAGCGGUCUAGAUUUCGAUGGUAACGCGAUGAGGAUCUAUUGGAGCGAUAGCAAAUCACGCACCAUAAUGAGAUCGUUCGUGAACGGAUCUCAUCCGCAUAAAGUCAUCGAAUCUGGUUUGAGCUCUCCGAACGGAAUAGCCGUCGACUGGCUAAGUCUCAACAUCUAUUGGACAGAUUCCGAAUCUCACAAGAUCGAAGUCUCGCGUUUGAUGGGAUCCAGUAGGCGAACUCUUCUCUGUGGUGAAAUCUACGAGCCGCAUAGCAUAGUCCUCGAUCCACUAGCUGGCUAUAUGUAUUGGUCCGAAUGGGGUACUUCAAAUUCAAUCAAAAAAGCAGCGAUGGAUGGUUCAAAGCAAAGAAAACUUCUACCUACCACUGGAUCGGCUUCUAGCCUAGCUUUGGACUAUCAUGCUAAGCGGUUAUAUUGGGUAGAAUUUGGAAUUUCCUCACCUGCAAUGUUAUCAUCCGACCUGGAUGGAAACGACAAAAAAUUUGUGCUGAGAGGAGGACCCUACAGACCCUCCGCCGUGGCACUCGAUGGAAAUUAUCUCUUUUGGAGUGAUUCUGCCAGUAAAAAGAUCUUCAAAUCAAGGAAAGCAGACGCAUCCGCUAAAUCAGAUGAAAAUAAUCAAGAAGAAAUAUACAGGCUGUCUGAUGUUACCAACAAUCUGAUAGUUUAUGAUCCCGAAAAGCACAACGGAAGCAAUCAGUGUUUCGUGAGCAACGGCGGUUGCUCCCAUUUAUGUUUGCCCCUUCCUGGAAAAAACCCAGACGAUCUGGCAAGUUUCACUUGUGCCUGUCCGAACCAUUAUACUCUUCAGGAGAAUAAAUGCUUACCUCCUAAAGAAUUUAUGGUGUACAGCCAAAAGAACUUGACAGUCCGUUUAAUAUUGGAUACACCUGAUUGUCCCGAAGCAGUGUUACCAAUUUCGUCUUUGAAGAUGGUCAAGGCGAUUGAGUACGACCCUAUUCACAACUUCUUAUAUUGGGUUGAAGGAAAAUCUCAUGCUCUAAGAAGAGCUGAAGUUACCGGAACAUUAUCCUCUAUAGUUGUUUCCGGUUCAGAGGAUGUGCAUCCUUUCGACUUGGCGCUAGAUCCAAUCGGUAGAAUUCUCUUUUGGACUUGCUCCGCCCGGGACCUGAUAAAUGUGACCAGAUUGGAUAACAAUAUUUCUUUUGGAGUUAUUCAGAGGAAAAACGAAAAGCCCAGAUUAUUAGCUAUACACUACACCAAACGGCUUUUAUUCUAUACAGAUGUUGGAGCAACACCUCAGAUAGUUCGUAUUAGGUUGGAUGGUAGUCACCAUUUGGUAAUCGCCAAAGUUGCCGAUGUUACAGCAAUCGCUGUAGAUGUGGAUAAUGAUUUGUUGGUUUGGGCUCAGGGUCAUAGUAUCUACAUCAGCAAUAUCGAUGGGGAAAAUCAGCACGUGUUACUCAACGAGAGCAACGCCAAAAUAUCCCAGCUGACCGUGCAUUUGGGUUGGCUGUACUGGAUCGAUAAAGAAUUACACCAAUUGCAGAGGUUAGAAUUGAUCUCGGGAAAAUCCAGAUCGACCCUACCUAUUCAAGCGUCCCGCAUCACCGAUCUUAUCUCUGUCAAAAACCCCGACCGUACCCAUCCCUGCUGGCAUAACCAAAAGAAGUGUUCCCAUUUUUGUAUCAUGAAUAGCACAAGUGCAGAAUGUGCAUGUCCUCAGGAUAAAGUGUUGCAGGACGAUAGACGAACCUGUAUCUUGCUCCCUAACUGCGGCAACGACUAUUUCUUCACCUGUUCCCUCUCCCAGUCGAAUAAAAGAGAUUGCAUCCCCAUAGCCUGGAGGUGCGACAUGCAGAAGGACUGUAAGGAUGGCUCGGAUGAGAUGGAUUGUACGACGUGCAAUCAGAAUCAACACAGGUGUAACGAUGGUCAAUGCGUAGAUAAUGUUGUUCUUUGCGACGGUAUUCCCCAAUGUCGUGAUAAUUCGGACGAGGCCAAGUGUUGUCACAACAGCUUUCAGUGUCCCGAGACCGAGAGCUGCAUAGCUUUCACCUCGGUCUGCGAUGGCAUCGACAAUUGUCCGGACGGAGCAGAUGAGUUGAAUUGUGAUCAUUCGAAUUCAUUCACUGUUAUCACCAUCAUCUUGGGUAUUCUUGUUGUGGUUAUGAGUUGUUCGUUGAUAUUCUAUUGCCUGAAGAAGAAAUUUACGACAGUCGAUAAAAUUGGAGAUUAUUCCGAUGAUGCACUGAACCCGUUGCAGUCCGGUUCUCAGUUGAAAAUGCAGAAUGUACGAAAAGGCAUACCGGAUGUGGUCAGAAUGUCUAUGUUGAAUGGAAGUAACAGUUCGAGUUGUGAUAGAAGUCACAUAACGGGGGCAUCCAGCUCAAUUAACGGUUCCAGUUCUUACCCGAGGGAAACGUUGAACCCACCCCCGAGUCGGGCUACCACCCACGCUUCGACGCGAGGCAGUAGUCCUUCAUCCAGGUACCGUCCGUACCGUCAUUACCGUUCUAUAAAUCAACCUCCCCCUCCCACGCCAUGUUCGACCGAUGUUUGCGACGAGAGCGACUAUAAUUACCCUUCGAGGUGUGGAAAAUACGAUUCUGGACCAUUUCCUCCACCUCCUACUCCACGGUCUCAUUGUCAUAGUGAGAGUUGCCCCCCUUCGCCCAGUUCCCGGUCUUCGACCUACUUCAGCCCCUUGCCUCCACCUCCAUCACCAGUUAUUUCUCCCAGACAUUAUCAUACGUAAGUAGCAAUAUCCAUAUGUCAUUAUUGACGCACUUAAGACUGACUUAAUUUAUUUCGAUUAUGUCGCAGAAUAUUUAUUUUUAAUAAUAUGUAAAAUGUACAGUUUAUACAUUAUCAGUUCUUUUUUCCAAAGAGAAAGAAUCAAUCUAUUUUAUUGAAAAUCCUUUAUGUUCAAUUAUAAACUCUUGAUAGGUUUUAAGUUUUUUUUUUGUAGACGAAUACGCUACAAUAAUAAUGUGCCUUGUACUUUGGAAUAAAUGUCUUUUAAUAAUAAAAUGCUCAUGUGAAAGUUUAAGAAUUUGGAAACGCGAAGGAUCACAGCUCAUUUAUAAAUGUAUUUUAAUUUUUUCAAUUAAUAUGUGAUAUUCAUUAACAAAAGUUGUCGAAGCAACUUCCUUUAGCAGUUUUUUAUGAUUUUUUGUUCUGAAGAAUAUCUGUUAAUUUACUACAAGACUCAAGUGCUUGCAAAAUUUUAUGAAAACUGUUGAAUGUAACUUUAGUUUGUUUGAGCGAAUAGAGUGAAAAUAGUUUUAACAUAUCACCAUUACUUCAAUCCUAUUUGUAAAAAUUUUAAUGUUGUUGAAAAGAUUUAUAAGCGCUUCCGAAUUUUUCAUUUUUAUUUUCCUACCUUCAUGGUCGAAAUGUGUAGAUACUAUUAGAUUCUUGUUAAUUUUUUCCUUUGAAAAAUGUCCAAAAUGUUGAGCUCUUUUUAUGAACAAAAUAAAAAUAUUUGAAAACUA